UAUAUUACCAUCGGGUUCGUGUUGGAGUGAUUCAGUGAGAAGAAGAAAAACUGAACAAUUUUAGGGUUAGCUUUCUGAUCCAAAUCCUUCUUUUUUACGCUCAGAAGCUGCAACCUUUCUUUAAAAUGAGCUUGUCUCUCAUACAAGGCUACUCUUCUGCCGAAGAAGAUGAUCACCCCCACCUCCAUCAUUCUUCUUCCGACGACGACGACGCCGCCCACCACGAUGCCGUCGCUGCCGAACCCUCAGCGGCGUCCCACCCAUCACUGGGCGACCGAUCCAUCUUCGACCGCCCCCAACCUUCCUCCGCUUGCGGUCUUCCUUCUGCAUUCGAUGCAUUCUCCGAAGUUGCAGGGCCGCCCCAAUUUCUGAACAACAGCGUGGAGGACUAUAAUCCGGCGAAAGAUGCUGAGCCGCAACAAGGGAGGCAUGGCAGCAGGAGGAAUCGUAGGGAUAAAAAGGAUUUACCAACAGGUGUGGUGGUAGAGGCAAAGCCUCAAUUGGUUGGGAUCCAUGAACGAGUAAGAAGUGACAAUGGUAGUCAACCACCGGCAUCAGCCCCAUCAAGCACCCCAGAAGGAGGCAAGCGGAUGCCAACGGCAACCAAUCCCAAUGCUGAAGAUGCUGCGGAUCUUUUGAGAAUGUGCUUGCAGUGUGGGAUUCCAAAGACUUACUCCAGCACGCGGGGAAUGGUGUGCCCCGUAUGUGGCGAUCGCCCUCCAAAGGAUCCCAGCAUAGAGAGCAAGAAGAAAGGAUCAACUGUCAAAGAUAAGGAGAAAUCCAAAAGGAUGAAGGGGCAGUCAUCUCAUGCAACCUGGAAAAGUGAAACAGAGAUGCAGCUAAGGCAACAUUUUGAUUAGGCAGUGUUUGCGGAAUUUUACUUUGUAGGUUACCCUGAUUGGUGUAAGCUGAAUGGUUUAAGACUGCUUGAUAAAACGGGAACUUUUGUUGUCAAGAAUGUCAACAACACAAGUACAAGUUGUACGAUAUUGUAUUAGUAAUUGAAGCUAGGUCUCUUGGUUAAAAAUUUUUUUUGUCGCUUUAAAAUCCAACUUAAUUAUGAUUACGAGAUAUCGCUCAUUAGGAACACAUUGAUCUAAGUGGGUGAAAUAAUUAACAAGGGUUCCCCCCUCUUCUUUUAUCUGCCUGUGUCUGCAUGACUGCAAGGUGGAAUUGCUACCGCUCCAAGGUGGGGGUGUACCACUUAUUAAUGUUUUGCGGGCGUUUUUCCACUUUGUCUAGUUAGAGUUUGUGGGGUCUGUGUCCGGCAUGUUGUUUUAAUUAUAGGACAACUAAAUUGAGGACCUACAGUUAAAGCUUUGUGGUGUUAGUUUACUUUUUUUUCCUAGAUUGGGCAAUGGUACGUAGAAGUUUUGAAGAAGGGAACCUCACAUUACAGUUAUACAGCGGAAAAAGAACCUUGAGAGGAGUUCUAGACAGAUCAAAGAUUGACGAGAUGACUUGGUUUUUUUAGA